GUUCAACUCACAACUUUAUCUCGGGGCCGGGGCCCCUUCCCCAGCCUCCCCGGCCUCCCCGGCCUCUCCGGCCCUCCCCAGCUUUGUCGGGGCCUUUUCGGGGCCAUGAUCCGUGCCUCCUCCGAGCAUAUGGGGGAGGCGCCGCGGCGCGGCGCCUCGAUGCGGGGCAGCCUUUCGAGAGCCUCGCUGGCCUCCAGCGGCCUCUUCACGGGGACCCUGAUGUCGCGCCACAGCCGCUCCGCCUCGCUGUCGCCCACGCCCAAGUCUACGAACCAUGGCAGGUCUUACUCUCCAAGGCGUUUUGCUUCACGCCAUGUGCCCACAGCCGCGGAAGAGCUGGCAGCGCACAGCCAUUUCCUAGACCCCAUGAUCAUCAAGCGCUUUGACGGCUUGAUGAAGCACUUGAAACGGAACACUGACAAGCAGGACUUCGAAAAACAGGUUUUAGCUUCGCCUCCGGAAGUGUUGGUGCCUGAGGAGUACGAUGAGGUGCUCCGUGGAGAGUUUGCGCGCCAUUGCAGCUAUGGUGAGCGUUUGAACACCGAACUGAUGCACUCGGGCAAGUGGGUAAAGAUGCUAAAAGAGCUGGGUUUCAUCCCUGGUCGCGCCAGCAGCGACCGUGUCCAGGGGCCCAAAGGACCUUGUUUGUCCUCCCUGGCUGCCGCCGACAUCAUCUUCCAACGGGUGCUGCACGACACGGACUACGGCGGGAAGCGCUUGACCUACGACUUCUUCUGCAAGGCCCUGUGCCUCGUGGCAGCGGACAUCUAUCCAGAGCUGGAUUGGGAGUCGGCAAUGGGCGAGCUCCUGAAUCGCAUUGCCUCUGCCGCGGAAGAUGUUGAGAUCGUGAAUGAUGAGCCAGGCGAUUUCUCGUUGGAUCCCAAUGUGCUGUUGGUCUUGGAGCAUUUCAAGCCCAAACUGCACAACUUGUUCCGUUCCUUCGCGCGGCGACAGCUGCGUGGCCCCACAGAUGCCAAGGUGGGACAGGGUACCACCCGGCUCAAGGAGAGAACCAUCUGGAAGCAGACGCAGGACACGAUGUUUGCCUCUCGCGCCUCCUCAUGCAUGCUGGGCGCCACCUUGAAAGAUGAGGCGCCCGAAGACGAGGAGGAGGAAACCUUGAGCCCCGGUGCCUUGCCGGCCGUCACCGAGUGCGAGGCGGAGGACCAUGGCCACGAGCCCGUCUCACCCGGCAGCGCCGAGGAGACGCAGCUGCCACAUCAGGUGGCAUCCCCGAAGAAGACGAGUCCACAGCCGAUGUUGCCACAGAAUGCCAUGGGAUUUGAGGUUGGCACCACUCGCGGCAGUCGCAUGCCAGGGCAGUCACUGAUGGCCUGGGCCGAGAACUUGGGCUAUUUCAACAGUUCCAUGAGUCCUGGAAGCAAGGUGUCCAUGGGUACAAGGACAGGACAGUGGAGUCCCGUGGCCAACGAUCCGUACACCUACGCAUGUGGAAGUCCUACCUUGAAGAAUCGCAGGAAGUACAUGUCCUUGGAUCAGCUCUUUGCCUUGUGCAAGGAACUCAAGAUCAUGCCGGAGACAAUCAGCCGGCAGGCAGUGGUGAGGAUCUUCAAACGUGCGCAGUGUGCAGGAUCGCAGAGUCAGCACGCAGGGAGCAACUUUGGAUAUUUGACCCAGGAGGCCUUUGUGGACGCCAUCGGACGCAUUGGGAUCCAAGCCUACUCUGAGGCUCCUUAUUGCGAUGAAUAUCCCGAAGCUCAUGAGAAGAUCCAUGCCUUUCUCUGUGACCGACUGCCGGGACAAAUCCGAAACAUGCGGGACCGCUUCCUCUAUGGAUGCAGCGGCCGGGGGCCCACCACACAACCUGGAUACAUUGGCAGGUGAGGUGCGACAAUUUGUAGGUUUUCACUUCCUUAGAGCACAGUCAAGUUCCCAGAUG